CAUGCCGCCGAGGGUUUUGCACUUUAGUGAUUUUCAUUUUAUGCUGUGUUUUGACCACGUAUAUACAGACUUCGAUCUGAUCACGACACAAGUGACCAUCACUGAGAAUAUGACUGAGCCGUGUGUGAGUUACCAGGCCAUAGCAGACGGUCUGGGACUGGAGGGAGUGGAGAACCUCACUCUGUCUCUGAGUGGACCUCCCAAUGUACAACUGACUACUGCCUCUCUACACAUCUGCAUCCAGGACUCUGAUGGAGAUAAAAAUCCGCCUGUGAUCAUCAUCAUAGUAACCGUUGUGAUAGCCGUGCUAGCCGUGCUACUGAUUGCUGCAACCAUCAUCAUAACAAUUCUCAUUGGAAUUAUGAGGCAGAGAAAAAAGAAACAAAGUAAACUUGCUCUCCCAACUCCAGAGCCCAUCUAUUAUGGUCCAUACUAUUCUUCUGUCCUUGUCAAAACCGAAAAUAUAGCAAGUGCAGAGAUUUCACUGCAGACACAGCCAGAGACAAGUACAAAUUUAGCCAUUCCUAACCAGCAGCAAGAAAGUGUUACUUCCCCUAUUGAGCAGCAAGGGAAUGUUGCCUAUGGUGCUCCUUCGAACCAGCAGCAAGAAAAUGUCACUUCCCCUAUUGAGCAGCAAGAGAAUGUUGCCUAUGGUGCUCCUUCAAACCAG